AUGCGAGCUUACGACAGAAAAGUUCGUCCUAGAGAAUUCUAUGGUGGGGACCUGACAUUGAAGAUUUCUAUACAAAAAGACUUCAGAAGAAAGUGGAUCCCAAAUUGGGAAGAACCUUAUGUAGUAAAGAAAGUCUUUCCUAGAGGAGCAUUGAUAUUGACUGAGACGGAUAGCAAGAACUUGCCUAAUCUGCUGAAUUCAGAUUUAGUCACACUGAGAUCAAAGCCGCCACCAACAACUUCCACCCCAACUCAGUUAUUGGUGAAAGUUGUUUUGGAGUGUCCACAAAGGGCUAUUGAUUAUGGAACCAUAGUUGGUGUCAAGCGCUGCCGAAAUGGAUCAUGUCAAGACGCAGUGAGAGAGCUCCAAAAUGAGGUACGGUUUCUUUGCCAGUUGCGCCACCCCCUUCUCGUCUCUCUUAUCGGGAUUUGCGAAGAGCGAAAUGAGAUAAUCCUCGUGUAUGAGUACGUAAGCAGAGGGACACUUGCUGAUCAUCUCUACGGUCAGGGUUAUGCACCACUCCCUUGGAAGCGAAGGCUACAAAUAUGCAUUAGUGCAGCACGAGGACUGCACUACCUUCACACUGGUGAAAAAUACGCUCUAUUUCACGGUCACAUUACGAGCCGAAGCAUUCUUGUAAAUGAAGAAUUGUCUUGUAAGCUUCAUGACUUUAGGUUCUCGAGAUUGGGUUCCUUUAGCAUGUCAAAAGCUUCGAGAGUUCGAAAAGAGUCAAGAAUUUCGGGUACUUUUGGGUAUAUGGCUCCGGAGUAUGCCAUGUAUGGGGAACUGACAGAAAAAUCUGAUGUUUUCUCAUUUGGGAUCAUCUUAUACGAAGUUCUUUUAGGCAGAACAGCCUAUGAUAGCACGCUCCCAAAGCAUAAACAACAUAUACUUAAUUGGCUGAAGGAUUCCCAAAGGGAAGGAACCAUUAAUAAUUCCAUUGAUCCAUACCUCAAGGGAAGGAUAGCUCCAGAAUGUUUGGACAAGUAUUCGGAUAUCGCUUCUAGUUGUGCACAUUAUAAGGGAAAUGAAAGGCCAGCAAUGGGUGAGGUGGUGGUCACACUAGAGCUUGCCUUGGAGCUGCAAGAGAGAGCAGAUUCCAAAAUGGAGGUCAUCAAUCCUUCUGGUGAAUUUAUGUAUGAAGAAUUGUUUUCUGCCUCUGUUAGCAAACCUUUUGCCUCUGUUUCCGAAUUUUGA